UUAGUGCCGUCAGUCGUUGGUUUAAUAGUGCAUAGGGGCAAGGGGAAACGUCUGCUUGACGCGCUCGGCUGAGUUUAUAGUCAAAAACGUCAAGAUCAUACCGUGAAAUGUAUGCCAGAUUUCAUAUGAAACUUUUAUUUUGAAAUAAAGAACAAUUAUAAUUAGAUUCUAUCAGUUAGUAAUGUUUCAUAUUAUUUUAAGAGCUAAUAAUGUGUAAAUAUAAAAUAAAACCUUAAUUAAGGUUCCAUGAAAGUAUUACAUUAAAUGCAAAAGAAUUAAAAAUUGUUUAGAAUCACAUUUUAUUAAAAACAACAUGAAUUUACGAGAACCGAAAAAGAAACGAAGAGUUAAAAUAAAAGAACAACCACUGUUUCCAAUUGUGUUGGGUGAUAAAAAUGAAUGGGUAACAUACACUGCUCACCUUACAGAAGUAGGAUCAUGUAUAAUUGAUCCAAAUGAGAUCACUGCAGUACAUUCUAUGGGAUAUUUUGGCAAAGGUUCAUUAUCUCGUGGUUUCCCUUCAUUUGGAAAAGCACGAUAUGGAGCACCUCCUGUAAUAAAGAAUAGGCAGUGGACGCGUAGACAAGAAUGGUUACAACAAUUCAAUGAACUCAGUGUGGGACUUAAUAAUAGUAAAUAUAUAAAUUCAGAUGAAAACAAAAGUGAAUGCACUAAUAUUGUAGAUCUUGAAGACGAAGAAAAUUCUUUAGAAAGUUUAGAAAUAGAAAGUACACCUGACAUAAUUGAAAUAGAUACUAAUUUUAGUUCUUCUAACAAAAAUCAAAAAGAAGAUAAAUCACAUGAUAAAGAAAUAGAAAUGAAUCAAAUAAGUCAUGAUUCAACAAAAGAAGAUGACAUAUGUAUCAUUGCAAACAAAAGUAUUAACGAAAGCAAUAGUAAAGAUUGUACUGAAACUGAGGAGAAAGAUGAUUCUUAUUAUUUAAAAGCCUUCAAUUUUAAAGAGGACAAUCUGUGUGCUACUGAUAAUAAUACAGAUGUUCAAGGUAAAUUACUUGUCUUGCCAGACAGUGACUCAGAAGUUGAAACUUAUUUAAAGGAAAUAAAACCUAAAGUUGAAAACGAAAGUUUUCCUGUACAAGAAACUCUUCACCUUACAUACGAAGAAACGUUUUUCCUUUUGUAUGGUUUAGGAUGUUUAAAUCUAAUAGACUUUGAUGGUAAUUUGUUAGACAUUGAUAGUUCUUGGCAUUUGUUUUGCAAAGCUGAUAAAAAUUUUGUACAAAAAUAUGUUGUAUACCACUAUUUUCGAAGCAAAGGAUGGGUUGUGAAGCCAGGAAUAAAAUAUGGUGGAGACUUUUUGUUGUAUAAACAAGGACCACCAUUUUAUCAUGCAUCAUACAUUGUAAUAGUGGAUGUUUUAGAUGGAGAUACAUUAGUAAGAGAUGAGAGUAAGUCUAUGCAUAAACCAACAUGGAAUAAUUUAUUAGGACUCGAACGAUUGUCAGAGACUGCUGCAAAGGAAAUAUUAUUUGCUCAAGUAUUAUGGCCAUCUUCGGUUUUGCAAACUUCUAACUUACUCAGUGUAGAUACUUUAUCAGAAUUUUCUGUAAGAGAACUAUUAUGGAGGAGAUGGAAUCCAAAAAAUAAUAAAGAUGAAGAUGAUGUGGAUUAUGAUUCUUGGUAACAGUAUAUGUAACAUAUUCAUUAAAUUAAAAGAUAAUUACAAAUACAUUGUAACUGUGAAAUAUAUUUUUAAUAUAAAAAUCCUGGUUAUUUCAUUAA